AAUUCAGUGGGUCUUAGUAUCGAGGCAGUUCAACACAUGCCGGAGACAAGUUCAGUCAUAGAUGUGUCUCAAGUGUUUGGCCGUGAUAAAGAACGAGAUCUAGUGAUUGAGAAGCUGGGUGUGCGUUCGAUGAUUGGACGUAAUAGUCAACGAGAUCAGGUGAUUGAGUUACUGGGUGUGCCACUCACCAGGGGUGCUGCUGCACGGGCUAAAGAGAAGAGAGCAGCAGCCACUGUCACUGGCACGAAAUCAGCAUCCUGCAGAACGAAGAAACUGAAGGGAGAGAGCAGCAGGGCCCCUAGACUUGAUGAGGCCAAAUGCAUCGGCAAUGUUUCUGUCUUGCCGAUUUUUAGCAUUGGUGGGGUGGGGAAGUCUACCCUGGCUCAGUUCAUCUACAAUGAUCCAAGGGUGCAAGCUCACUUUGGCAAGAGGAGGGUAUGGGUCUGUGUUUCAGACCUCUUUGACAAGAGAAGAAUAACAAAAGAGAUCAUUGAGUCUUUCACCAAGGAAGAGUAUAAGCCACUGUUCAGUUUAGAUGCUCUUCAGGUGGAAAUGAUGGAGCAGCUAGGGAGACGAAAGUUCCUUUUGGUGUUGGAUGACAUUUGGCAAGAAGCUAUUGACGAGUGGGAGUCAUUUUAUGCACCAUUCAAGAACGGACCUAAAGGCAGUAUGAUCUUAGUAACUACAAGAUUUACAACUGUUGCUGAUCGUGUUGCCACCAACAAUUGUAAGCCUAUCCAACUCGAAGGCUUGGAUAGAGAUAUAUUUUGGGAGUUCUUCAGCAAGUGUUCAUUUGGAGAAGAGCGUCCAGAAUCAUAUCCUCAAUUGCAAGAUAUUGGUCACAACAUUGCCUCUAGGUUAUGUGGAUCUCCUUUGGCUGCCAAAACUAUUGGACGUUUGUUGAAUAUGGAGCUGACCGUGCAACAUUGGGAGACAGUUCGGAACAGUGAAUUGUGGGAGCUGCCACAUCGAGAGAAUGAGAUAUUACCGGCCCUCCAACUGAGCUACUUAUAUCUCCCACAAGAACUUAAGAGAUGCUUUGCAUUUUGCUGCAUGUUUCCAAAAGAUUACAGCUUUGAACGAGAUGAGAUCGUUGACAUUUGGGUGGCCGAGGGCUUUGUUGUGUCAAGUGGAAGCACACGUCUUGAAGAUAUGGGGAUUAGGUAUUUGGAUGAUUUGAGGAGCAGGUUUCUUUUUCAAACCGACCCCAAGUAUCCUAAUCGAACUAGAUAGGUCAUGCAUGACUUGAUCCAUGAUAUGGCGCAAUCCGU